UGACAGUAAACAUACUAGUUAUACUAUUACACAGAAAAAAAUACGCAAGAUUUAGCUUCUAUUAAAAGUUAUUACAUCGUUGUUUUGUUGGGGGGGUCGAAACUAAAAUGUGAUGGCAAUUGUAAAUAAAAAUGGCGGCGGUUGAGGCACCGGCGGCGCCAGUCGCAGCUGAAGAUGACGAGGCAUGGCUUUAUGGAGAAGAAAAUAAGGAGGCAGCACAGACAAAUGGCGAGGCUACAGAGGUAACUGAAGAGACCACAGAGGAGAAGAAGGAGGACAGAGAAGCAGGAGAGCUGAGUGGUGAAGAGGAAUCACAAGAGAAGGAUGAUGAUGAUGAUUCUGAUGAUGAUGUUCAAGUGACAAUUGGUGACAUACAGACAUUUCCGCUGAAUGAAGCUCCACGAAAUUUAUUCAAAGCACAAAGUGGUUACCAAAAGCCAGCUGGAGCAGCAGCUGCAUCCAAAACCCAGACUGGAACAACAACUACCGUAAAGGGUGUGGACCUAGAUACUCCCGGAACCAUCAAUGGUGUAAACCAAUUUGAAUUUGAUCUUGAUGGACUUCAAGCUGAUGAGAAACCCUGGAGGAAACCAGGUGCGGAUAUCACCGAUUAUUUCAACUAUGGCUUCAAUGAAGACUCCUGGCGUAUGUACUGUGAAAAACAAAGACGACACAGAAUGGAUGCUAACCCUGGAACAGUCACCAGAAUCUAUGUACAUCAGCCUGCCUCAUCCAUGAACAGAAAUGAAAAGAAGGAUGUGCUACAUCCGCCAGGUACAGAAACCCCCCAGACUGUGCCUGUGAUUGGUUCUCGUGGCAAGACGAACCCAACACCAAGGAAGAUGGCAGGCACAAUUGAUGUUAUUGGCAGUACGGCCAGAGACUCUAGACGACCAGAUGCAUCCUCUAUGGGGGAUCCAAUACCUGUGGCUGGCAGCAGAAAGACCUACAACACAUCUGUGCCUCCCCCGGGUAUAUCUGUACACCCCACCCAAGGGAUGCCGCCUAUGCCAGACUAUUCUAUACCCCCUCCAGGCAUGGCAUUGCCCCCGGGUAUGCACCCACCUCCAGGGCCAGCACCCCCAGGCGUUCCACCAGGUAUACCACCCCCUGGAUUUCCCCCAGUGGAAUUUGAUGCCUACUACCCUCCCACAGGACAGACUUCUGUUAGUCAUUAUGAUGACCGGAAUUUUUCAUCUCACUCCACAUAUACAUCAAGUUACAAUCAGUCCAAUCCCUGGGAUAACAAUCGCCAGGAAGGGGGAUAUAGAUGGGGGAGUGACUAUAGCAGAGAACGCAGUCCAGCCAGAUCUGACUCAGAAUACAGCAGCACACGCAGUGAACGAGAUUAUAGUUAUGGUCGUGAUCGCAGGCGUGACCGAAACAGAGAUACCUACUGGAGAGACCGAGGAGAUCGGGACAGCUACAGAGAACGGGAAAGGUCCAGGUCACGUGAAAGAGAUAGACCUAGAGACCAUCGUCACAGAGAUGAAAAACACAGAUCAAGAAGGAAGCACAGAGAUGACGAAGAUUCUGAUCAUCACCGCUCUAAACACAAGAAAAGUAAGAAAUCUAAGAAGGACAAGGAUGACGAUGCUUAUGACCCAUCUAACCCUAGCCAGGACGACAUCGCAAAGGGAGAGUAAAGUGUUAUGUUGCUGACAUCAUCAGGAGAUCAUAUUCAUCUUCAUUAAAGGAUAGUUUUGUCUUAAACAUUAUUUUAUUUCAAGGAGGAACUUUGUCAAAAGGAUGUUGAUUCUGUUAUAUUUUAUCUCAGAAAAAUGAGAUUUUCAAGUGUUGACUAAUACUGCCAACAUGAUCAGCAAGAAAUCAACACCAAUUACUGUAAAUUAAAUCCUCAAGUGACAAGUGCUAAAUCCUAUAGUGUUGGUAACAUCUCCAUUUCCAUACACUGUCAGUGGUAAUUUCAUGGUUUUUACUUUUCACUAUUUUCUAGAAUAGAAUAAAAAUAGAUACCUAGAUAAAAGACUGUUCCCAAGUUAACAAGCCAGGGGGCUAGAAAACUCUUUUAAUAAAAUGUAUCAGAUUAUUGGAUAAUUUACUUGAAAGAUACAUCUUUCCCUAAUAAAUUGGUUCAAACCACUAAAAUUUAAUUGUCAAAAGUAACAACUUUUACAGUAUUAGUUGUUAUUGCCAGGCAUGCAGUACCAUGCAAAAACUAUUGUUGUAAGCCAUGCAGGAUCAUUGAAUAAAUACAUGUACAUGUCAA